ACACUUAAGAAGAAGAUGCUGCAUAAUGACCUCGCCUCACCAUCAGGUCUGGGGUGCGACAACAUCACCCAGGAGGAGUGGCAGAGGGUGGCGGGAGAGCUGCGUGAAGUCUUUACCAAUAUUGGCUUCGCUUACCUUAGCAACCACGGCAUUCCCAGCGAUCAGUUGAAUCAUGUCAUCAAGUCAAGCGCUGCGUUCUUUGACUUGAACGAAAAGACGAAGAACCUCUUUGCACGAGACCCAGAGACACAGCAAGGAUAUGUUGCAGUUGACAGAGAAUCGCUGCAUGCAGAGAGUAAAGUCCAUGACGCGUGGGGCCUAAAACCUGGGGAAACAUGA